AGGCGGGUGCGAGUCUUAAACAUUUACAGUUAACGAGCAGUCAACCUGUAGUGCACUCCGACAUGCCGCUUCUCAUCCACCUGCUUCUGUGCGCUACUCUCUUCUGCCUGACGCACACUUACUCUACUAACAACAUGAAGGACGCAAUUCUUGAAAAACUCGGACUUACAGAACUGCCCAACAUCCAGAAGAGAGAUCUGGAAAAUCUGGUUGUGCCUUCUCACAUCAGAAACAAGUAUGUGUCCAUGCUGAGGGUGCAUCACGCUAGAAGGCGCAGAUCGAUGCCCAGUUUAGCGGGACUCCUGAGGCGCCUCCGUGGUAAAGCAGAUAUAUCAGGCGAUACUGAAAAUGUUGACAUGACCAGACAGAGCCUGAUGUUUGAGAUGGAGACAAGGCUGCAGGAAAACAGUGAGGUGGCCAUGGCAGAGCUCAAACUUUACCAGAGUGCCCCACAUAAACUGCCUUUAGCAGAGAAAAAGAAACAAAGACCCAUCCAUCAUGCCAGAGUGAGCAUCUACUGGGUGUGCAGUGUCACAAAUCACACAUCACUGAUAGACUCAAGGUUGGUGCCUUUGAACGAGGGUGGCUGGAGGAGCUUUGAUGUUACUCAAGCAGUUCAUUACUGGUCGAGGUCACACAGUAAAAACAACCCACUGAAUUUGGAGGUCCGGAUAGAAGGAGAAAGGCCUGGCAGGUACGCAGCUGAAAUGGCAAAGACAGUCCAGUUUACAAUGCAAAAUAUGGUGGAAAACAACCUUGACAAGAGUGCUGGGGCACCUGAGCUCAUUCUACACAGCUUGAAUUUAGAUGAAUAUGGGUCUCAGGGAGACUGCAAAGGACAAUCUCAGGGUGAAAGUUCCACAUGCUGCCGGGAGGAGUAUUAUAUAAACUUUCGGGAACUGUCAUGGGCACAGUACUGGAUUUUGGAGCCUACCGGAUACCAAGCUUUCCGCUGCGCAGGAGGAUGUAAGCAGCCAAAGCGCAGUUAUGGUUAUGGGCCAAGAACCUGUUCAGUAGUGGAAAGUGCACCAUUGCCUGUCAUGUACCUGGUGAAAAAAGGAGACUAUACACAAAUCGAAGUAGCUGAAUUCCCCAACAUGAUUGUUGAAAAGUGUGGAUGCUCUAUGGACAUGCUUUCCACAGCAUGAAAGAGCUCUCACUUAUCAACUAAGCACUUGAAAAGUAAUAUGUAUGAUAUUGUCCUGAAUCACCUGUUUAUUUUGCAUUGUUAAGAAGCA